CUUCAGUCAACAAGAGCUAUUCAACAUGAACAAACUUUUCGUUUUCGCCGUCGUUCUUUUCGCCAUCCAAGGAUGCUUGGCCAAACCCAGAGCCGCCGCUCCCCAGAAGGAUCAACUCGAAGAGUUGGCCGAGAACGCCAAGAAUUUGGCUAACAAAAUCGGCGAGCAAUUGGGCAUCAACGACUUGGACACCAAGAAAAUCGGCGCUUCCCUUAACGAAGGAACCAACAAACUCCUCGAAAACUUGCAAUUCUUCCUCGACAAAGUCAAGCAUGAGACCAAAGCUCAUGAAGGAGAAGUCAACAGUGCCGUGAAGACCGCCCAAGCAAAAUUGGCCACCGUCGCUGCUGAUUUGCAAAAGACUGCCGGACCUGAAGCCACCAAAAAGGCCGAAGAGAUCCAAAGCGAAUUCAACAAAGCCUACAAGACCGCCGCUGAACAAGUGCAAGUCCUCGUCAAAUCCUAUGAACCACAAGUUAAAGGAGCUCAAGAGAACUUGCAGAAAUUCUCGAAGACUUUCUUGGACAGCAUCUUGGAGAUCGGUCAGAACAUCGAGAAGCAAGUCAAGACUGCCGUUACCGAACACGAAAAGACACACAAGCAUAAACAUUAA